AAUUUAUUUUAGCCUAGAGAAGAGGAGGAGGUCGUUAGUCCAACACAGCUAUUAAGACGCACUUGCGGGAGGAGGAAGAGGAGGAAGAAGAAGAUGAUCACGGCGGGGGAUUUCUACAAUGUGAUGACGGCGGUGGUGCCGUUGUACGUAGCCAUGAUCCUGGCUUACGGCUCCGUGAAGUGGUGGAAGGUCUUCACGCCGACCCAGUGCUCCGGCAUCAACCGCUUCGUGGCUCUCUUCGCCGUGCCGCUCCUCUCUUUCCACUUCAUCUCUGGGAAUGACCCCUACACCAUGAACCUCCGGUUCAUCGCCGCCGACACCCUGCAGAAGCUGAUCGUGCUGGCCGGGCUCGCUGCCUGGGGCGUCCUCAGCCGCCGCGGCCGCCUCGACUGGACCAUCACCACCUUCGCCCUCGGGACCCUCCCCAACACCCUGGUGAUGGGCAUCCCCCUCCUUCGGGGCAUGUAUGGAGAGGUCUCCCACAGUCUCAUGGUCCAGAUCGUCGUCCUCCAGUGCAUCAUCUGGUACACUCUCAUGCUCUUCCUCUUCGAGUACCGCGCCGCCAAGCUCCUCAUCGCCGAGCAGUUCCCUGAUACCGCCGGCGCCAUCGCCUCCAUCAGUGUCGACUCCGACGUCGUCUCGCUCGACGGCCGCGACGCGCUCGAGACGGAGGCGCACGUCAUGGAGGACGGCAAGCUGCACAUCACCGUGAGGCGGUCGAACGCGUCGCGGUCGGACGUCUACCCCAGGCGCUCGAUGGGCUUCUCGGCGGCCACACCCCGGCCGUCCAACCUCACCAACGCGGAGAUCUACUCGCUGCAGUCGUCGCGCAACCCCACGCCCAGAGGUUCCAGCUUCAACCACAACGACUUCUACUCCAUGGUGGCCGGCAGGGGCUCCAAUUUCGGGGCGGCCGACGUCUACGGGGUCCGAGCAGGGGCGGCGGCGGCGGCGACGACACCGAGACCGUCCAACUACGAGGAGGAGUACGGUGCCGGAAAUCCUGCGGGUGCCAAGCCUAGGAUCCAAAACCAAUUUCCAGUUACUACGACCGCAGCAUCUCCCAACUACCCGGCUCCGAAUCCAGCUGUGUUCGUUCAGGCGGCGUCAAGGACGAGCGGGCCUAAAAGAGCCAAUGGACAACCCCAUCUGUUGAAGACGGAGGACGGAGGGGGGAAGGACCUCCACAUGUUCUUGUGGAGCUCAAGCGCAUCUCCAGUCUCCGACGUGUUCGGCAACAGCAAGGAGUACGGUGUGCCGUCGACAGAUCCUACCGGUAUAAAAGAUGUCAGGGUGGCAGUUUCUCCCGGCAAAGUGGAUGGCCGGAGGGAGAACAGGGAUGAGUAUGUAGGGCGAGAGGAUUUCAGCUUUGGCAACAGGGCAGCCAUGGACAAAGAUGGCACAGCUCAGCACGAGGGAGAUGAGAAGGUAAAGGAGGUCAAGAAAGGAGGGCUACGAGAAGUGACAGCGAUGCCGCCGACCAGCGUCAUGACCAGGCUGAUACUGAUCAUGGUUUGGCGGAAGCUGAUCCGCAAUCCCAACACCUACUCCAGCUUGAUCGGCAUCAUCUGGGCUCUCGUCUGCUUCAGAUGGAAUGUUCAGAUGCCUGCGAUCGUGUUGCAGUCCAUCUCCAUACUGUCGGAUGCUGGCCUUGGAAUGGCCAUGUUCAGCCUUGGUCUGUUCAUGGCGUUGCAGCCAAGGGUCAUAGCAUGUGGGAACAAGGCAGCAGCUUUCGCCAUGGCGGUGAGGUUCCUAACAGGCCCGGCUGUCAUGGCUGUGGCUUCCCUAGCCAUCGGCCUACGUGGUGUUCUCUUGCGCGUCGCCAUUGUACAGGCAGCGCUGCCUCAAGGCAUCGUUCCCUUUGUGUUUGCCAAGGAGUACAAUGUGCAUCCUGAUAUCCUUAGCACAGCAGUGAUAUUUGGAAUGCUAAUCGCCCUGCCCAUCACACUGGUGUAUUACAUCCUACUGGGCAUAUGAUGUCAAGAGCAUGACACAAGCGACAGGAGGGAGGAAGUCAUGACCGCAUCACCGCACCGGCAGACAAGCUGCAGCGGACAAAAUGGACACAAGUAAAAGAGAAAGCAACCAGAAACCGCAGAAAGGGAAGUAGAAUUUUGUUGUAAAACCUGUGUGCCAUUCAAUCCCGAACUUGUGGUUGCUCUUUUCCUCUUUGCUAUGCUUUUGUUGGUUGUGAAUGUAGUAGCAGUACAUCAUCGUGACCAGUAGCGCAGAAUUAGACAGAAUGGAUGGUUCAGUUGCUCUUGCGA